AUGACUUCCACCAUUGGAAUCCCCAUUAAGCUCCUCAACGAGGCUCAGGGCCACAUCGUCACCCUCGAGAUCACCUCCGGCCAGACAUACCGCGGCAAGCUGCUCGAAGCCGAAGACAACAUGAACGUCCAGCUCAAGGACAUCACCGUCACCGCCCGCGACGGCCGCGUCUCUCACCUCGACCAGGUCUACAUCCGCGGCUCCCACGUGCGCUUCUUCAUCGUCCCUGACAUGCUCCGCAACGCCCCCAUGUUCCGCUCCCGCAACGUCCGCGGCCGCGGUGUCGGUAUGGCCCGAGGCCGCGCCACCGUCAGCAGGGCCCGCGCCAGCGGUCGCGGCGGUCGCUAA